AUGUCGUCUUUCUCAUGCUGGGAGCAACAGUUCAACAAACGGUCCAUAAAGAAGAGAUACCAUUCGUGCAGUGGGGGUAAGGAAAGAGGCCAUUCUCUUUGCUCUCGAACAUCGCUUCUACGGAAAAAGCCAUCCAACCAAAAUCUUCAACUGCUCAAUAGUCGCCAAGCACUUGAAGACGUCGCCACAUUUAUACAAUCAAUGAACAAAGUUUAUAAUUUCAAAGACCCUAAAUGGAUAGUAUUUGGAGGAUCCCGUUCCCUGGCCCUCUGGGCUCGACAAAAAUAUCCAGAGCUGAUUGCUGGUGCUGUCGGUAGCUCACCACUGCUACAGCCAAAAGUUGAUUUUUGGGAAUAUAUAGAAAUGGCUGAACAAGUAUAUCGUAGACAUGACAACAAAUGUGGCCAGAAUAUACAAAUUGCAUUUGCACAGGUGAUCGACAUGCUGAACACCAAACUUGGCCGAGAACAAUUGUCCCGAACUGUUUCAAUGUGA